GGACUAGUGUGGAAUAAGCGAUUACGGAGUUGAACUUCUGCUUUUCGAACUUUGGACGUUUCCUCGUAGUGUGCUCAACUUCGCGACAACUCAGCAACCAUGGCCCCUCGCGUUUACUCCAAGACCUACAAGGUCCCCCGUCGCCCCUUCGAGUCGGCCCGUCUUGACUCGGAACUGAAGGUUGUCGGCGAGUACGGCCUCCGCAACAAGCGUGAGGUUUGGCGUGUCCAGCUUACCCUGUCCAAGAUUCGUCGUGCUGCUCGUGAGCUGCUCACUCUCGAUGAGAAGGACCCCAAGCGUCUGUUCGAGGGUAACGCCCUGAUUCGCCGUCUUGUGCGCAUUGGUGUUCUCGACGAGUCCCGCAUGAAGCUCGAUUACGUCCUUGCCCUUAAGGUCGAGGAUUUCCUUGAGCGCCGUCUCCAGACCUGCGUGUACAAGCUUGGCCUCGCCAAGUCCAUCCACCACGCCCGUGUCCUGAUCAAGCAGCGCCACAUCCGUGUCGGCAAGCAGAUCGUCAACGUUCCCUCCUUCAUGGUCCGCCUUGACUCCCAGAAGCACAUCGACUUCGCUCUCACCUCGCCCUUCGGUGGUGGCCGUCCCGGCCGUGUUCGCCGCAAGAAGGCCGCUGCCGCCGCCGGUGGUGGUGACGGUGAGGAGGCUGAGGAGGAUGAGGAGUAAAUUAGCACCUAAAAAAGACAACGGGGCGUCCGGUCGGGUUUCGCUUUGGGCAGAUCAAAAUUCUGGGGGUCCUGAUGGCUGCAGCAUCUAGCGCUUUAUGUUGUAUGAUCAUGCGAAUCGAAUGAAUAAAACACCAGCCUGAAAAUGGCUUCCAUUCGAACCCGAA